CCCGAUCCAAUUCCAAACCUAGCUAGGGCGUGGAGCCGAGGAAAACAAAAGGGUUGCCCAGCCCACCAAAAAAAGGCAAAGCCAUUUGGGAUUGGAAAUCGCGCACAAUACCUAGGAGGAAGCUGAAAUAGAGUGCGGAAACGAGAACGGAAUUCUUCCCCGGCCGUAACGAAGAACACCGCGCCUCCCCAACCCCGCCGUCUCGCCCCUGCUUCUCUCUUCCGGGAGCACCCACCCCCGGAAACCCGCGGGCUCCGGGAUCCCCUUGCCGCUGCCUCCGGAGGGGAGGCAGGCGGUGAGCCCCGACCUCCUAUCCAUGGCGAGCGGCGGCGACGACGACGCGGGCGUGAAGCGCGUGGCGGACCGCUACCUGAAGCGCGAGGUGCUCGGAGAGGGAACGUAUGGAGUGGUCUUCAAGGCCGUCGACACAAAGACCGGGUCGAUAGUUGCAAUCAAGAGAAUUCGGCUAGGGAAGUACAAGGAAGGUGUCAACUUCACAGCAUUGAGAGAAAUCAAACUGCUUAAGGAGCUGAAAGAUCCAAAUAUUAUAGAGCUAAUUGAUGCUUUCCCAUACAAGGGAAACUUGCACCUUGUAUUUGAGUUUAUGGAAACAGACUUGGAAGCUGUCAUACGCGAUAGGAACAUUGUUUUAUCUCCAGCUGACACUAAAUCAUAUAUUCAGAUGAUGUUGAAAGGUCUGGUUGUCUGCCAUAAGAAAUGGGUGCUACACAGGGAUAUGAAACCAAAUAAUUUACUUAUUGGUGCUGAAGGACAGCUCAAGCUUGCUGACUUCGGUCUGGCACGCAUAUUUGGGAGUCCAGAACGAAACUUCACUCACCAGGUCUUUGCACGAUGGUACCGAGCACCAGAAUUAUUAUUUGGCACUAAGCAAUAUGGAUCAGCUGUUGAUAUUUGGGCCGCCGGUUGUAUUUUUGCUGAGUUGCUGCUUAGACGACCCUUUCUCCAGGGUUCUAGUGACAUCGAUCAGCUUGGGAAGAUAUUUGCAGCAUUUGGAACUCCAAAGUCUUCACAAUGGCCAGACAUGGUUUAUCUUCCAGAUUAUGUUGAAUACCAGUUUGUCUCUGCACCUCCACUUCGUUCAUUGUUUCCAAUGGCCAGUGAUGAUGCUUUGGAUCUUUUAUCAAAAAUGUUCACAUAUGACCCAAAAGCAAGAAUUACUGCUCAGCAGGCUCUAGAGCACAGGUACUUUUCAUCAGUACCAGCUCCAACAAUCCCAUUCAAGCUUCCAAGGCCACAGCCAAAGGGGGACUCAGGGAAUAACAAGAUACCUGAUUUGAACCUGCAAGGUGGCCCUGCCGUUCUGUCCCCGCCGAGGAAGUUGCGCAGGGUGUCUGCCCAUGAAGGGAUGGAUCGAGCAGAGAAAGCAGAAGAGCAGCCUACAGGCGCGAGGCGCAUGGAUGAAAUGUCCAGUCAGAGUGCCAGAAUACCAAUGUCUGUUGAUGUUGGAGUUGUGUUUGGCACACGGCCAGCUCCAAGACCAACGUUGAACAGUGCCGACAAGUCACGUUUAAAACGGAAAUUGGAUAUGGAUCCUGAAUUUGGUUAUGCCGAGUAAAAGAAGUUUACAUGCACCAUUUUUCCUUGACUGGCGUGUUGAGUUUUACAUAUUCUUCGGGAGACAGUUCCACUAUUUUACCAACAAAGGAGGAUUGUGUUGCAAGCCAUAAAAACUUCACUGGAGGUCGCUGGGCGCUGGCACAAUCAACUCUGCUGUUAUUAUUUAACCGCCCAGCCAGCUCGUGAACAGGAAAGUGAAGAGAUGUGUUGCUAAUUUACACUGGCGGACGUGCACAGGUCAUUCUUAUAAUGAGCCUAUUUCCACAAGGCUCCUCAAUCUGUAAUCUUUGCCGGGUACAUGGUUUGCUCCGGCGAGAACACUCAGCCCGUAAUCUUUAUUGGAUAUAUUAGCUUGCUGUGCCAGAACCUGAGUCUGUAAUCUUUACUGGAUACAUGGGUUUGCUCCUGCGAAUGUGUUUUCAUUUUCUUGUGUGGACAUUGAGCUUUGAAUGUUGUUUAGGCAAACAUCUUAGGUGCAGUAAUUCUUGUAACCAAGAACAGCUUAUAUGUUAAUUCCUGUAAGGCAUUGGUGGAAGAAAGGAAACAUGACAAGAAAAGGAAGUUUUGGUUUAAGAUGAA